UAGCCAUGGUUGAUGGGUGUUGUACGUUAAUCGGGUUGAAUAAAGGGCGUUCUUGAAUAUUCGAUCUAUAAAAGAAACUGGAACAGGGCUUGAAGAGAGAAAACGGGACGUUGCAAUUGCGUUGAGACGAUGAGUUGAUUGGAGUUGAUACAACGUUCGAAUCUGGCGGUUAUACCGGUUGUUCGAGCGAAAUCAAGAGAUGGCAUUACUACUAGCCUACAUAGCUACAACCCACAAUGCAUUGAGCCACGGCAUGUGCCUUUCUGUGUCGGCCAUUUUGUAGUUUCCUUGAGAAAUUGUGUUGAGUUGAUUCUUCUCCUCGGUAAGAUUUUAGCAAAAUUAUCAAACGGCGUAAUUCGCAGUAAUCCGAACGAUGUAGAGGAACGGGAAGACGUGCUCGUGGCUAAUGAAUAUUGGCUCAAGGGAAAGGAAUAAGGCUUCUUACUUCGCUUGAGAUUUAGCCACUCACGUCAGAAAGUCAUAUUAUUCUCUUGAAAAUUGUUGCCUCCUAUGAUGCAACCUUUUUCAGAAAAAUCCAUAACAGGGUACGUGUACAUGAAUGGGGACAUUGGGAAGCUCCCACCAGGGGCGGUUUACCCAGCCACCCCUGAACCCCUGGGUACUGUCGGGGGUGUUGUUGGCAGUAACGCUUCGAGUUUAGACUACGGCGUCAUGAACGGAGGACCGAGCGGAGGUGAAUUGAUGCUCGACGCGGGCGCGGGUAAUCUCGAUCCUACAGGCCAACAUCCCAUAGGUAUGGGUGGUGCUGUUGGCUAUGCUCCAGUCGAUGUUGCACCCUUAGGAGAUGCACCCCCUGCGCCUGGACCGAUGGCUGAUCUCUCCGUGCCUGGCAUACCUCUGGAACAAUUGAAACAGAUGCUCUCUUCUCAACUUGAAUAUUACUUCUCCAGAGAGAACUUAGCCAAUGAUACAUAUUUAUUAUCGCAAAUGGAUAAUGAUCAAUAUGUGCCGAUAUGGACGGUAGCGAAUUUUAACCAGGUGAAGAAAUUGACGAAAGAUAUAAAAUUAAUAACGGAGGUGCUGCGAGAGUCUCCUAACGUUCAAGUGGACGAGGAAGGACAGAAAGUGAGGCCAAAUCACAAACGAUGUAUUGUAAUUCUCCGGGAAAUUCCAGAUAGCACACCGCUAGAAGACGUGAAGAAUUUAUUCUCAGGAGAGGGUUGUCCAAGGCUUAUCUCGUGCGAAUUUGCCCAUAAUAGCUCGUGGUAUGUAACUUUUGAAUCUGACGAGGAUGCUCAAAAGGCGUAUAGGUUUCUACGUGAAGAAGUACGAGAAUUUCAGGGAAAGCCAAUAAUGGCACGCAUCAAAGCUAAACCAAUGAACAGGCUACCGAUCCCAGCGGUAGCUGGUGUUGGUGGGAUUAAAAAUGGAUACAGAACUCCUCCAGCACCGCCCGUUUACGACCCGAGCACCUAUCCGCCUGGUCAGCAACGCUUCCUGUACACUAAUGGUACGACUAUGCCGCAGACGACUAUGCCGCCAUACCCCAACCAGGUUCAUGUCUAUCAGGAUCUAAUGUUUCAGCAUCAACCGUUUUACCCGGCCGGGAUGAUGCCCUGGGGACCUGCGAGUCCUGCAUAUUUCGAUAUGGCCGGUGUCUUUACAAUGAAUGGUAUUACACCGCACACUUCAUUCAAACCACCCAACGCAAGAUACAAUCAGAGAAACAGAAAUAAGCAGAGAAAUGGAUCCGAAAGGAGUGGCUUAAUGGAUGGCGGUGGUGGUAUGGCCCCGAUGGGUCGAAGUUCGCAUGCUCCAAUAAGCGGUGGUGGUCCAGUGUCCCUGGGAGCGACGGCUCCCGCGCUCUCGUCGAGCUUGCCCACGAUGAAGCCAGCCUCUUCCUAUCAAACUGGCACAAAGUUCCAUUCCUCGCAUACAGCCACGUCGGCUGGAGAGGCUCAGUAUAGUAGCAGCAGCAACAGCAGCAGCAGCAGCAGCCACGUUAAAGGGCCGCAGGAGAGUGACGCUCAGAGUCUGGACUCACCGGUUCAGUUUCCGCGUCAUCGUACACACCGCAGGACCAAAGACCAAGAUGCCCUCGCUAAAGCCAACAACAGUAGCCCUCUGCCGUCGAUCAGAGAGUCCAAUCCGGCCAGUAACUCUCAGUAUAAUCGAGGGGUCCAGUUUGACUUGGAGGCUGCUGCCUUCCCUCCGCUUCCUGGCCUCGAUGCCGAUCUUGCAAAGUCUCACAACACUCCGACCGAAAGUGCUGCUACCGACAGCUUGCAAUCUCAGAAUAGGCUUUCGGACGUAGUGAAGGGCACUGCUAAGCUAAAAAGCACAAAGGACAAGGAACCCAUGGUAGGGGCUGCUCAACAGUAUCACCACCAACAGCAUCAGCAACAACAUACUAGCAACAGCAGCAGGUCAACGAGCCCAGGGUCAUCAAAUGCUGGCGCUCACGGCGAUCCUGUCGCCAAUCCUGGGACUUCGGGGCUAACUGUAUCUCAGACUGUCACUUCCGCUGUUCAGGCGGCCAUCACCACCAGCCCUGCUCCUGUCGCAGUUGCUCCCGGCAUCGGUGCGGCUUCCGCCACCGCCACAGCCACUACCAACACCAAUGCUUCUGCUAGCAACACUGACUCCACAGACAUCGCUCUCAGCACCAUCACUCUCACUCCCCCGUCAUCUCCCGAUAAGUUUAGCCCCUUACUACUGAAAUGCACCGCUAACAGAUCUAUAAAGACUGACGACUCGAACAUGGUGAACGGUGUGGAUGAGGCCAUAAGUACAAAUGCGCAUGCAGCAGAAGAUUCCGAACCAGUAACCAGUUGUGACUGCGACGUCCCUACUACCCCACAGAAUCCUCAAACACAAGCCGGAGUGGCGUCUGCCUCUCCUUUAGAUCUUACGAGGCCGAGCUAUGCCCAAGUAGCGCAACACUGUCGAGAGGUACCUUGUACAAAACACAAAACGGACGAGAGGGACGGACACGUAUAAAGGCAACGUGUAAGUAACGAAUCGACACGUCUUUAUACAUUUGAGAGUCCCUGGAGGCGCGACUGUCGCCAAUCCGGACGUGGAGUUACUAAUGGAAGUUUUCGAUGGAAGUCCUUAAACAAUGACAGACCCGUUAUAUUCACACGAGAACUCUUACAGAUAUCACUGCAAUCAAUUUCGAUAUUUAGCAGUUACUCUUUAUUUGGAUCGAAGUGGAUUGAUUAACGCUGCUUUUAAUCCCAAAGUGGUCGUACAGUGGGCACGAAAAGAACUUUCUACAUUGUACAGUGACUUCGCCUACAAUGAAUGCGGCAUCGAUUAUACCACAGGUUAUUAUGGAAUUAUUCAAAGAGACAGUAAUUCGCCCUACGUUUAAGGGACACGAUCGCUGACAGGAUAAUACAUACUGUGCAGGGGGAGUAUUGUUAUUGCUUUGGUUCUGUGAUUUUGGAGGUACAUAUUUGUUAGCUUGUAAAAAUGUUAAACUAACGUGUUAAUCCUUUUAAUUCCACCUAUUAUUCCACGACUCCAAAAUGAAAAUGACAAAAAAAAACUUACCCCCACCUACUCCUUCCUACUACCUUCUUACCCCACACUCAAUCCUCUUGUCCCUCGUCCUUCUUCUUCACUCCCGUUCCCCCUUUCCAAUGCAGGGCCGUGACUGGGAAAAAGUUUAUCUUUGUGCCAAACCCUGCUAACUCAUACGCAUCUUCGUAAGCAUCUGGGAACAGCGACAGACUUGCUUAAUUGCGAUCUAACCUUUAUUCGAGAAUAUACGUUAUUAUUUCAAGACCGUGUCGAGAGUCGCUAUUCGAGGAACCUCCUUUUACUUUUAAGAAAAAAAAUUUAAAUGGAACUCAUCGUAUAUGAUGUACUUGCGUUCAUGACUUUCACGAGCGGUAUAACUUUUAGUUUCAUUUGGAUGUUUAAUUGUCGACUUUACGUUUUUCCAGAAUAUCGACCGCGCCGCGCCAAAGGGAAAGAGAGAUCGAGUAUGGCUAUAUUAGAUCUAACGUGCUUUGGUAUGACUUCCAAUAUCAGGGAACAGAGAUAUACAUAUAGUUUAUUGCCAAUAUAUUGGAGGAUUCUAAUGUUUUUUUUUAUUCGCCAUUCUUUUAGCAUACUUGUAGGAGCUCGACAGAAAUGUUUAGGGAGUUCAGGAGAAAAUUAUUAAAAAGAAAAAAAAAAGAUGCAAACGACAGCUUCCGUAGUUUAAUUUGUCACGAUACUAAAAAAAAAUUGUACUCGUAUAAUAGACAAAGAUUCUUUCUUUUUUUUUUUUUAAGAGAUAGAGAUAGAUGUCACUUUGCCUGUGGCACGGAACAAAGUGUAUCGAAGAAGACGUUACAAAUUAAGAAUGUUUUGUCUCAUGGAAAGGAAAAAAAAAAGAGUAGGUUUCAUUUAUUACGUUUUUAUUCUCAUUUAUGCCUUUUGAAAGAAAAUCAAUUUAUGAUACUUAAGCUAUAUCUCAGUCGUGUAAUUAUUGUAAAGUAAUAGGGGUACUAGGAAUAUUCAAUUUAGCAUAAUAUCGAUGUUCCAGUAUGUUACACCUCAUAAUAUGUGGAACAAGAAAUGAUAUCAAUAUACUUCACGAAAUACGAAUUAAAAGUGUAUUUUCGAAAAUUUACGUAGAAGGAAUGUGCUUCGGUUUUCGCCAGGUAACAGGAUACGUCAGAUCCCAGUUACAGGGAUUAGGUUACGCGGAGAGACGAAAACGACGGUAAAAUGACUUGGUUGACGUAAGAGAUAAUUCGAGUGAAAAAUUCUGAUGUCGAGGUAAAGAAGAAAAAAAAUGUACGCUGGGCUCCUCUCGAAAUAUAAAAUAUCCAACGACGGAAACCAAUACGGUACCUCAGCGAGAAAACGUUCACGCGUUACGAUUAUAAAAUUGUAAAUUGCGUGCACGCGAUCUUACCCGGAAUGGCACUGUCGCCAUCUUGAUUUAAUCGUGAGAAUUAGUGAAAUAAUUGUCGCGAUUAAAUUCUAGUCUCUGUUGGAGGAAGCUUUGUAAAUUCUCUCUCGAUAAUCAACGACAGAGACAUCAGAUUAAAUCCCUGUAUAUCGAUAUUCUGGAAGAUCUUCGUGCGACACUUUAAAUUCGCGUUUAACCGAGUGAAAUUGUAAUUGUUGCGCUGUUCGACGACACCUCAUUACGGCACUGUUUUAUUUUAAGGUCGUUACGAGAGAUAACAUAUUUAGAAUUAUGCUUUGGCAAGUAACAUAAGAGAUGUCAGGAAAAAUGGUAUUUGAGCACACAAUUAAGUGCCUCAAGUGUUGUGUAUAUUACAGGAGCUUGGCUUUAGAUGUUAUACGAUUAUAUGUACCUAUACAUUAUAGUAAAGAGCGCAUAUGAUAUAUUUGUUACUGAUAUGCGUGCAGAAUUAAGGUAAUGGAUGCUAAAACUAAACAACAAAAAAACCCAAUCUCCUGAAUCACGAAGAAUUAUUGUCGUAUGUAAUUAAUACUUUAAGUUGAAUGCGCUGCCUUCUUUUAAUUUCACUCUCUCCUUUUUUUUUGUAUUUUACGCGAUCAGCAACAAUGCCGCAGAUACGACGAGACAUGGUUAAUUUGUAUUUGUCGCCGACGAACCGAUUAAUAAUAUUAAUUACUUCAGUUUGUAAGUUGGUGCUGUAGACGGUUAAUUGUAAAACUAUGCGUCUUGGUUUUGGCCCUGUUCUUUCUCGCAUUAAAGAUCAGAAAAAGUCUACAUAACCUCACAGAUAAGUUGCGUGCGUAAUCGAUCGAUCAGAUUUGCAUACACAUCCAAAAGUUGUACCAUGACCUUUUAAUUGGUAAAUCGACAUUUAAACUAGCCUCCACGAUCGAGGCAGUGCUAUGCUUUAUUCGAUUGGAUUAUUUUCUUUGUCAAGGUCACGAAGGUUGCCAGAGAACUUUAAUGGACUCUCUGCACAACCCGAUUUGCAUGAAAUUUAUCUACUCGCAAAUGCGUUUUACCAAUGAAAAGAAUGGGCCGGCCUUAAUUGUACGAAAAUCUAAAAAAAAAGUAGUAUUGGCGAAGAAUUGUCAGCAUUUCUCGAACUUUUUUCAUUUAAUAUCAAUGAUAAGCCAUGAGCGACAGAGCGAACGAAAAAUUUCAUCUAUCGUCGCGUAUAUAUAUAUAUAUAUCGUCGUUUCGAGGAUGGUAAAUUUAUGAUGCGUGCUAGUAUAUUUAAUUUUGCAAUUAAUUGACAUUCGAAAAGUCGAAAAUACGAUUGUCCGUAUCGUGGACACUCUCUUUACUAAGCACGUAACGUAACGUGGCACCAAAAUGGAUUAUAAGCGUACGACCAUGUUAAAGAUACGAUGACCAACAACGUGACAUUACCUUAGCCUUGGAUCUAACGUUUAACAAGAAAAGUGAAAUGUUAAUUUUCACGAAAAACUAAUUUUAAGGAUUUGUAUCUUUCUACGUUAAUGCGUGCACGUGUCACUUGUAUUGCAUUCGGAUUUAAGAUAGUUCUUGCUCUUCUAUUGGAAAUAAAUUGCAUACGAUUGAGAAAUCAAUGUGUGGAGCGUAUAUCAAUGAUCGUGGUCGCAGGGAUGUUUGUAUAUACGAUAUGAGGAACGUAAAUAAGUACGUGGGUAAUAUAUAUUAAUUUUUUUUUCUUUCUCCAUAGAUCCAAGGUGUAGGAAUUCCGCUUGAUCGGUACUAAGUUAUUCGAAAGUAAAUGCAGAGUAGGGAACUAACCUAAGCAUAUUGUCACAGAAUUCUCUCCCUUUACGAUCCAUCAACAAUAUUGUGGCUGGUAAUAUUUAGUUACUCGAUAAAUCAGCAUAAACUGUGAUUAGAUACAAAACAAAGUAAAUCCACGAGAAAAAAAAAAGAAAUACGAUGUAAUGUACAAUGUAAUGUUUGUUUGGUAGGCUGCGGGUCUACAAAGUCUGAUUUUUUUAACUACUACGAGAAUGUGUAUUAUAAUAUGGUCUACGACGUUUGUUUAUUACUAUGUAAAGUGACAGAUUUCAAAAUUAAACAUUAAUUACUGUUA